AUGGUUGCAGCUGCGAGAACGACCAUGCUUCGUCAAGCACAGCUGCUGUCGGCCUCGAAGCGGCUGUUCUCGAGUACUACCCAACCUCUGCGUCCCUUCCGAACAGCUCCUCUAAUCCCAUGCUCGAGACAAGUACUGGCACAACGCCUGUCGGUUGCUUCUCAAGUCGCGCCGUUCUCGACGACACCGCAAAGAAAGAUCCUGCCGGCAGGUCCGCAAGUGAUAAAAGGAGGAGUCAACGACCCUGCACCCAUCCCGAAGCCGGAUCCCCUCCAUGGGAGCUAUCACUGGACCUUUGAGCGCAUACUGUCGGUGGCAUUGGUGCCGUUGACAAUUGCACCCUUUGCGGCUGGAUCAGUCAGCCCCUUGCUGGAUGCGGCGCUGAUCUUUGGCAUCAUCGUGCAUUCGCAUGCUGGGUUCCAGUCCAUCGUUAUCGAUUAUAUCCCUGUACAUAAACACCCAACUAUGCGGAGGUUCUUCAUGUGGACGUUGAACCUAGCGACUCUGGUUGUCGCCAUCGGCUUCUACGAGUUCGAGACCAACGAUGUGGGAGUUGUCGAGGCCGUCAAGAGGAUAUGGCACGCGGGAUCGGAGAAUGAUGCUACCAUUGGCAAGGCCGACGCCUCAGGCUUGGGUCAUGAUGGAAAGCUCGGUCUUAAGUGA